UUCUUCACUCAUGUUACUUUGAUGAUAACGAGAGCCGUGCUGUAUUGGCCGGUCUCAGUGUUACACAAAGACCAAACAUACUGAAUUAACAGAAGCUGAAAUGGAUUGCUUGAACGACAGUCCCGAACCUACAUCUUCACGUCAACACUGUUUGCAGGUUUUGAGCACUUUCAUCCCCAGAAAUGCCAAGGAAGAGUUUUACCAACUGACGCGGUUGGCAGUGCCAAUGUUUGCUUCUCAGUUGAUGGUCUUUCUCAUAAGUUUCGUCAGCACAGUGUUUUGUGGACAUCUUGGAAAAACAGAACUGGAUGCAGUGGCACUUUCCAUUACAGUAAUAAAUGUGACGGGUAUUUCAAUAGGAAGUGGCUUAGCUUCAGUGUGUGACACAUUGAUUUCUCAAACAUAUGGCAGUGGAAAUCUUAAAAGAGUUGGGAUCAUACUCCAGCGAGGGAUUCUCAUUUUAAUGCUCUCCUGCUUCCCCUGCUGGGCCUUUCUAAUAAACACUGAGUCUCUUCUGCGCCUUGCUCAACAAAACCCAGAAGUGAUUAGGCUUACCCAGAUGUAUGUGAAGAUUUUCAUGCCAUCUCUUCCAGCAGUUUUUCUUUACCAGUUGCAAGGAAGGUAUCUACAGAAUCAGGGCAUUAUCUGGCCUCAAGUUAUUACUGGUGUAGCAGGAAAUAUUGUUAAUGCUUUAAUAAACUACAUCUUUCUUUUUGUGCUGAAUCUGGGCGUUGCGGGUUCUGCUUGGGCCAACACCAUUUCACAAUUCUCUCUUGCUGUUUUUCUCUACUCUUACAUCAGAUGGAAAAACUUACACGUAGAGACUUGGUCAGGUUGGUCUCAGGAAUGCCUACAGGAAUGGGGCAGCUUCAUGCGUUUAGCCAUUCCCAGUAUGCUGAUGCUGUGUAUCGAGUGGUGGACAUUUGAGAUUGGCAGCUUUCUUUCAGGUUUGAUUAGCAAAGUUGCACUUGGGAGUCAGUCCAUACUCUACGAAUUGUCCACUAUCGCCUUCAUGUUCCCACUUGGCUAUGGGGUUGCAGUGAAUGUGCGAGUUGGCAAUGCUCUGGGGGCAGGAAAAACUGAGCAGGCUAAGAAAUCAUGCAAAGUUGCUGUGAUGUGCACAGGAGUCCUAGCAAUUCUGGUGAUGUCAGUGGUUCUAGCUCUGAAGAACAAGAUUGCUUACAUCUUCACGACUGACCCAGAAAUCAUUGAUCUGGUCUCAUCAAUCAUUGUUAUUUUUGGCCCUUGUCAUUUGUGUGAUGCCUUUCAGUGUGUUUUUAGUGGAAUAGUAAAAGGAGCUGGCAAGCAGAAAAUCGGAGCCAUUUGUAACUUAACUGGAUAUUACAUCAUUGGUCUUCCCAUUGGGAUCUCCCUAAUGUUUGCUGCACAUAUGGGUGUUCUGGGUUUUUGGAUAGGACUUUUAGUCUGUGUCUUCAUGCAGUGCAUCUUCUUUUUAAUCCUUGUAUUGAAAUUCGACUGGAAGCUUGUGACAGAGGAGGCUCAAAUGCGUGCCGGGCUGAAGAAAUCAUCAUCAAACGAGAACAGCAACCUUCAGGCCAAAAAUGUUCAUCCCACAAAUAAUUCUGCCGAGGUCAACCAUCAUUCCUGGCCUCAUGUGGUGCUGGACGAUUUUAUUGCAGAGCAGAGCCAUACAGACACAGAGGAGUUGGUGGAAGAUGAUGAAAAAUCUGGUAGAGGUGUGGAAAACGUUAGCGAAAAUCCUCUUACAUUCCGCCAGCUGGUCCUGUAUCGGGGGCUCACCCUGGCUGCAUGCUUCUUCAUUCUGGCUGUUGGUAUCCUCAUUGACCUUCUUUUAAGUCACAACUGAAAAAGCAACAGAUUUCCCUGGGUACUUUCUGUCUGCCUAUCCUCAAUGUAUAAAGGAUGGUAAUGUACCGGCUGAGCUGAUCCACAUGACUGGGCACAAGAACAUUGGCAUGGUGGCCUGCUUGCAACUUUUUAACCACUAUGGUAGACACAGUGGAAGAUCAGCUAUGGAGGCAACUUUCAGAAAGAGAGAACCCACUUUUUAGGACAACACCUUCUGACUGGGGAAAACCGAGAAGAAGAAAUAUCGAACUAUUCAGAAUUUUGCACAUGUUGCAUUUUUUUUUUAAUGAAAUACAUUUUUUAUAUGUUUCUGAAAAUGUUACAAACUUGAAGUAAAAUAAAGUCACUUUCAGCCAGGCCUUUCAGCCAGUUUACACUGUAUGUUUAAUCCUAGAGAGAUAGCAUUUUGGUAAUUUAUUAAAAUAUUUUAGGAAAUGUUAGCAUUUUAUAGGAUUACUAGCACAGCACCUUUAUCCCUUUGUGGCCAAUUUUAUAAAGCUUUAUCAUUUAGAUAACUUAAUCCAAAGUGUCUUACAAAUCUCAAACGUUUGCUGCAGUCAACUAUGUAUUUCUACAAUUGCAGAAAUCUCCAAACAAAAUACUUGUUAAAGUCACCCAGUAAGUAACCAAGCUCUAUACACUUGGGAGACCCGUCAUCAUCCGGCCAAUGCUUACAGAACCCUUUCAAUGUCACAUGAAGGCUAAACCAAACUGGCAGUAUCAGAUACAAGGCAGCCAUUGGGACACCACAUGGGGUGUUGGUCCAUAUCAGGGCGCCAGUUAAUGUUUGGUUCUGCUCUCCUUGGUUUAUUUGUGUGUCAGACUAAUGGGAUUCACUCGGUUCAAAUUCUUACUGUUUGUGUGGAGGUUGUAUGAUCUCUCCUGCCUAGUAACAAUAAUGGUAAUAAUUCUUUACAUUUAUAUAGCACUUUUCUCACUACUCAAAGCACUUUACACAGUGAGUGGAGAGCCACCUCAUCACCACUGGUUGAUGAUGUGAUGGCAGUCAUUUUUACGCCAGUGCACUCACCACACAUUAGCUGUUAGGUAGUGAAGUGGUGAGA